AUGCGCUUCAACGCUGCUUUGACUUCGGCCCUGGUGUCGUCGGCGGGCCUGAUGGGCCACGUCCUCGCCGACGACACUGAAGCCCCAGCUCCCGAUGCCACUGCCUCUGGCAUUGAGCGCCCUACCUUCACUCCUACGACCCUCAAAGCUCCCUUCCUCGAGCAGUUCACCGACGACUGGGAGCAGCGAUGGACUCCUUCUCACGCCAAGAAGGAGGACUCCUCCUCGGAAGAGGACUGGGCCUAUGUUGGAGAGUGGGCCGUUGAGGAGCCUACCGUAUUCAAGGGCAUCGAGGGCGACAAGGGUCUGGUGUUGAAGAACGCUGCUGCCCACCACGCCAUCUCUGCCAAAUUCCCCAAAAAGAUUGACAACAAGGGCAAGACUCUAGUUGUCCAGUACGAGGUCAAGCCACAGAACUCACUUGUCUGCGGCGGCGCCUACUUGAAGCUGCUCCAAGAAAACAAGAAGCUUCACGCAGAGGAAUUCUCCAACUCCUCCCCAUACGUGAUCAUGUUCGGUCCUGACAAGUGCGGAAGCACCAACAAGGUCCACUUCAUCUUCAAACACAAGAACCCCAAGACUGGCGAAUACGAGGAGAAGCACUUGACCAGCCCCCCUACCGCCCGCACUGAGAAGACUACUUCCGUCUACACCCUCAUUGUCAACCCCGACCAGAGCUUCGAGAUCUUGAUCAACGGCGACAACGUCAAGAACGGCACUCUCCUUGAGAGUUUCGCUCCCCCCGUCAACCCCCCUAAAGAAAUCGACGACCCCAAGGACAAGAAGCCCAGCAACUGGGUUGAUGAGGCCAAGAUCCCCGACCCCGAAGCCACCAAGCCCGAGGACUGGGACGAAGAAGCUCCAUUCGAGAUUCCUGAUGAGGAAGCUACCAAGCCUGACGACUGGUUGGAGGACGAGCCACUUACCAUCCCAGACCCCGAGGCUGAGAAGCCUGAAGAUUGGGAUGACGAGGAAGAUGGUGACUGGCUGGCCCCUACCGUUGCCAACCCCGCAUGCGCCGAAGUGUCUGGAUGUGGUCCCUGGAGCGCUCCAUUGAUCAAGAACCCUCAAUACAAGGGCAAGUGGUCUGCUCCUCUGAUUGACAACCCGGCCUACAAGGGACCAUGGGCUCCUCGCAAGAUCGCCAACCCCGACUUCUAUGAGGACAAGACUCCAUCCAACUUUGAACCUAUGGGAGCUAUUGGAUUUGAACUCUGGACCAUGCAAAACGAGAUCCUCUUUGACAACAUCUACAUUGGCCACUCUGUUGAAGACGCUGCUGCCCUCCGCGAGGAGACCUGGGCUGUCAAGAAGCCCAUCGAACUUCUUGAGGAGGAAGCCGCCAAGCCUAAGGUUGAGAAGAAGGCUACAACGGACGUCAAAUUCCAGGAGGACCCAGUCGCUUUCGUCCGCCAAAAGGUUGAACUCUUCAUCGACCUUGUCCAGCAAGAUCCUAUUGAGGCCGCCAAGACCGUUCCUGAAGUCGCUGGUAGCAUCGGUGCUAUUGUUCUUGCUACCGUUCUACUUAUUUUCAGUGCCAUCUUUGGCGGCAGCUCUGCUCCAGCCAAGGCUGCUGAGAAGGGCAAGGCCGCUGCUACUGCUACCAAGGAGAAGACUGCCGAGGCCGUCAGCUCCGGCGCAGACGCUGCCAAGGCCGCCACCAAGCGCACAACCCGAUCCUCUGCUGCCGAGUAA